AUGAUGAAGGAACUCGCUGUGGAAUCUGGCUUGGACUUCUCCACCUUCGAAGGAAUCGACGUGGAUCCUGGCGAAUACGCCACUGUUCAAAAUGCGGUUAAGGAGUAUUUGAAUGGCACCUUGUACUCCGUACAGGGCGUGAUUAUUUUCAAUAUAACGAAUCCGUUUUACGACCCAGGCGAACGCUCGACCCAGAAUUUGUGGGACAGUCAAUCCAGCCCGUCGGAUUCUGGUCUCUCGCCGGGACACGGCGUGCCGGAGGACCUCCCUGAGGGCUGGAAGGCGCUUUCGAGUUCAGAAAAACAAAACCAGGCCGGUCUCUCGAACGUGUCGAAAUUGUCAAAAUAUGAGUACAAUGAUAUUGAAUUUUUUGAUGGCAAAGUGGUGCCUCCCAACCCAUCCUACUAUCUGUAUUAUCAUACCGAUUUUUCAAACCUGCCUCUGGUUCAGGCCUUGGUCCACUUCAUUGAAAACUAUUGCUUUUAUCACUACUUCGCCGACAAUGGCAUCGACACGUCAGGAAUCCGGUACAACAUUAGUUAUAUGGGGUAUCCGUCGCCUCCUAACCUCUUCGCGUCUUCUCACAUUCCUGCGAUUAUCUCCGCGAUCCUUUACAACCUUGUCUCCACGGUGGUCUUCGCGAGCGUCCUGUCUGAUUUGGUUCAGGAGAAGAGCUCUAAGUUGCGCGCCAGCCUCCACCGCGUGGGCCUGAAUAGGAUGCCUUACUAUUUAUCCUGGAUCACCUACAUUCUCGCCGUCUCCGCUCUCAUGACCUUAGGCAUGUGCGCCGUUGGCACGGCCUUGCCGCUCAAGAUAUUCCGCAAUUCGAAUUUUUUGGUCAUGUUCAUUCUCUAUUUCACGCUCAACUUUUCUAUGGGGUGCCUCGCGCUGUUCGUGUCGACCUUUAUACAUUUCUCAGAUAGUGCUUUGACCGUGAGCUAUUUGUUCAUCACGUUUGGGUCCUUUUUGCAGUUUUUGCUGACUAUCGGCGACGGCUUCGUGAUAGAGUUCACUCAGGACUCGUACCUUCCCGUGAGCUCUUUCAUACGCGUGCUCUUCAAGAUGUUUCCUUUCGGCAUUUCCGCGUACAUCUACAAUUUUCUGUUGUUCUUCACGUCCCCUCUCCCCCAUCAGGGCGACAACUUGGAGCCUAUUGGACUGAGUUUUUCUUCAUUCGGCUACAGGAGUCGGGACCUCCCUAGGCACCUGACGCUUCUUUCGGUGUAUUCGAAGCUGUGGAUCAUUUCGCUGGUUUCUCUGGUCCUCUACUGGUACUUCGACAAUGUUUUGUUCAGGAUAGGCACGAAGAAGCGCCCGGUCUACUUCUUCCUCACGCCCAGUUAUUGGGGAAUCCGAUUCAAGAGGCGCUCGGGGCGCGGCGAGCCGCCCGUGUUUCAGCCGCCUCCGGAUUUGCUGUUUUCGAUGGAUCCGAACGUCGAAGCCGAGUACCGACGCGCGGUCGAGGUGGUUCGGUCGGGGGCGGAAAAGGAGGUCGCCAUCAACGCCGUCAACGUAUCCAAGGUAUACAAGCCUUGGUACUCCUGCGGUGGCAAGUCUGCGCUGAGAGCCGUUGACAGUUUGUCGAUCUCGGUUAGGAAGGGUGAGUUCUUCACGAUACUUGGGCACAAUGGGGCUGGAAAGACGACGCUGUUCUCGGUCCUGAGCGGCGAGUCGUCGAUGACGGCUGGGUACGUGCGCUAUUUCGGCUACGACUUGGACAGGGACUCGGGGGUGGUGCGCGACAUGUUGGGGUGUUGCUUGCAGCACGACAUGUUUUGGCCGGAAUUGACGGCGCUGGAGCACUUGGACCUGCUUCACCAGAUUCACGGCGUGAAGAAGGAGGAGUUGGAGAGUCGGGGAAUGGAGCUGUUGAGGCUGGUGGACUUGGAGGACGUGGCCCAUCACAGGGUGGAUUCGUUCAGCGGUGGGAUGAAGCGUCGGCUGAGCUUCGCGAUUAGUUGUACGGGGGACCCGCAGAUUUUGUUUUUGGACGAGCCGUCGAGCGGAUUGGACCCGGAGAACUACAAGCGUUUGUGGCGAGUGCUGCAGUCGCUGAAGGGUCGGGUGACGAUUGUGUUGGUGACGCACAACAUGCUGGAGGCGGAGUUGUUGAGCGACCGGGUGGGCGUGAUGGUGGACGGACAGUUCAAGGCGAUUGGGACGGUGCUGGAUUUGAAGAGCAGGUUUGGGCACGGGUACCAGGUGGUGGCGUGCACGGGGGAGGAGAUAGGCAGGGAGGUGGCGGAGAGGUACCGGAGGGAGUAUCCGUACCUCGAGGUGAGGGAGUGCGAGGGGGACGGGACGCGGUUGGAGAUGGAGGUGAAGAAGAGCGACAUCGAGCGCAUGCCUGAGUUGUUGUCGGCGCUGGAGAAGGACGGGAAGAUAGAGUCGUGGAACGUGAGUCAGUCGUCGUUGGAGUCGGUGUUCAUGUCGAUAGCGGAGAAGUACGAGUUGAAGAAGGCGUACGAGGGGGGCGAGAGGAGGGAGGAUGAGGAGGGGGUGCCGGACGCGAAGAAGGAGAAGGGGGGGGUGCAGAAGUCGAGCGUUGCGGGCGGCGAGGAGGGAAAGGUUGGAGGGGGUAAGGUGGAGAUAGGCAAGAGGGUGAAGUCGUAUCCGCUAUCGGCGUUGUUUAAGGUGAGUUGGAAGUUGCAGCUGCGUCGAAACAAGUAUUCGACUGGGUGCGUGGCGUUGCUUCCGGCGUUGGUGUUGGUGAUGUUGGUGCUGAUGAAGAUGUAUUUGAUGUCGGAAUACGACAGAAUGUAUGGCGACAUACUCGCUGUGCGGUUGCCGAAUGCGAGUUUUUACCGCUUGAAGCGAGAGUGGCCGAGGGGAAGGCUGGGAGUUGUAUGCCACGAUUGCAGCCAAUCCGUGUUGUACGACCCGGGGGUGGAUCCGAAGUUGCUCGGAGUGGCGGGGGACGCGAGUUCGGGGAGUGACGGGUAUUAUUCGUCCUUGCCUCGGUGGACGUCGCGCCACCCCAUCAGUGGCGCGUUGAUUACUUUUUGCUCUCCGCCAGAGCUGACGAAGGAGAGCGACCAAGAGGUCCUGAAGAAAGUUUACGGCAUCCUGCAGACUAGGCUCAAGGUCGCCGCGUCUCGCAAGCCGGGCGACGGCCUGGUCGACCUGUCCAAGAUACCCCUUCACUAUUUGUACACGAAGUUCCACAAGUUCAGCCUCGACUCACGGGACGCCGACGCGCCGAGGGCCGACAUGGACAUCACGCUCAUGAUGAACGACUACUACCAUUCGUCCAACCCGGGCAUCACCUUUCAAAUCCGAGACGACCUCGAUUUUGUUCUCGUCAACGGCCUCAGCAACCCUGAUGGCGAAACCUACAAGAUGGCCAACGUCCUCGCGCGUCUCCAGGAGUUCACCGUGCACCUCAGGCUCUACCGAGUCGCUAUCUCCGCGUCUUUGAAUCCAGACGACGCCCUCAGGGAGAUAGAUUCCGACGUGUCGCUGCAACCAGUCCAGAGGGCGGGAGACAAGAGCUUCAUCGACAAGUUGAUCGCCGAGAUCUUCGGUGUGGGUAUCCUCCCAUACGCGUUGUCCCUCUUCAUCCCGCUGGCGCUUUACGGGAUCGUCAAGGAGAAGGGCAGCCAAACCAAGCAAAUGAUGUACAUUCACGGCCUCUCGCCGAUCUACUACUAUCUCAACAUCUUCAUCGUUUGGUCCACGCUCUACUUGACCUCCGUGUUGCUCUUCUUGCUGCCUGGCAUCUUUCUCGUCGAAUACAUAAGGUACGCCGCCUCCGCGCUCUUCCUGUUCCUGCUGGGCUGGGGCCUGUCUAUCUUGUCCUUCGUCUUCCUCGUCUCCACCUUCGUCCGAUCCACUGGCGUCGCCACGUUCAUCGGCUUCGGCAUCGCCAUUUUCGUCGGCACGCUCGUCAAGUCCAUCGUCGUAGACCUCUACGACCCCUUCGACGCGUACCGGCUCCCGCCCCCCACCUGGCUCUACCUCUGGCUCCAGACCAACUUCCUCAGGUGCCUCCAGCUCAUUAGCGUCCCUCAAGAGGGAGGGCUGCUGGUCGGACAGCUGUGGGCUUCCUCCCUGCCCCCCGAGUUCGUCCGCUGCCUCUGCUUCCUCUACCUCUGCGCCUUCAUCUACUUCGUCCUCUUCCUGCUCUCGAUCGUCUUCCUCACCGGCGACUUCAGCCACCCGCACUACCUCGCCGUCGCCUUCUGGUCCCGCGUCUCCGGCUCCGCCCGCGACGCGCUGCGCCGGCUCCUCCCGUCGCGCUGCGCCGGCUCCGCGCCCGCCCCCGUCCGUGCCGACUCCGCGCCCCCCUCCGUCCGCGCCGACCCGGACUCGCCCGUCCACGAAGGCCUGCGCGACGUCGAGCGCGAGGCAGCGCUCGUCUCUCGAUACGCCACCGAUUCCUCGCUCCGCGACUGCCCCCUCGUCAUCCAGGGUCUCCGCAAAAAAUACCCCGGCGGAAAGGUCGCCGUAAAGGAGUUCUACCUCCACGCGCCUCUCUCCACCUGCUUCGGACUCCUCGGCGAAAACGGCGCCGGAAAAUCCACCCUCCUCUCCAUGCUCACCGGCACCAUCCCCAUCACCAGCGGCACCGCCCACAUCUGCGGCUUCGACAUCUCCCGCCAACUCUCCAGCGCACUCAAAUGCAUCGGCUGCUGCCCCCAACGCGACAUCCUCUGGGACGAACUCACCGUCCAAGAACACCUCGAAUUCUAUGCCAGACUCGGCGGCGUCCACCCCUCCAAAUCCCGCAAAUACGUCAAGAAAUUCCUCUGCGACGUCGGACUCUACCACUGUCGGCACCGACGGAGCUCCAAACUCAGCGGCGGCAUGAAGCGCCGACUCUCUCUCUCCAUCGCCAUCUGCGCCAACAGCUACGUCGUCUUCCUCGACGAACCUUCCUGCGGACUCGACGUCAUGAACAAACGCCAAAUCUGGGACGUCAUCCAACACAACAAGCGCGGACGCGUCACGCUCAUCACCACCCACUCCAUGGACGAGGCCGACGCCCUCUGCGACAAAAUCGGCAUCAUGGCCCAAGGCUCUCUCUGGUGCUACGGCAACCCCCAAUACAUCAAAACCCUCUACAACCAAGGCGCCAACCUCCGCGUCGUCUUCUCCGACGAAACCCUCGGCCCCGAAUUCAUCAAGCAACGCAUCCCCUCCUCCUUCUCCGUCUCCAAACUCUCCAACACUACCGAGUACCACAUACCCCCCUCUCAACAACCCCUCUCCCUCAUCUUCCAAACCAUGCUCGACCCCUCCUGUCGCGCCUCCGGCAUCGAGGACUGGGGACUCUCCCAGCCCGGCCUCGAGCACGCCUUCGAGCAAAUCAUCAACCACGUCCGCAGCCACCACGACCCCACCGACUCUCCCUUCUCCGACGUCUGAAAUUUGAGCGUCCCCCCACCCCGGCUCGCCAAUAAAAACACCAAUACCAAAUUCCGC